AUGGGGAUUAAAUUUUGUAGUGAAGGCCAUCUCGUUGUAAUUGUAAUUAAGGACACAGAGAAACAAAAGAAAGAGAAGCAGUCUCAGAAAAAGAAAAAAAAGAAAAACGGAAAGAAAAUAAAGGCAGCCAUCCAGAUCCAAGCCUGGUGGCGCGGCACCCUGGUGCACCGGACACUGCAGCACGCAGCCCUCAGGGCAUGGAUCAUUCAGUGCUGGUGGCGGAUGAUCCUGAUGCGGAUAAUGGAGAAGAAGCGGCGAGCAGCACUGCUUAACUAUGCAAGCAGAGAGAGGGCAGUGGUCAAGCUCCAGUCUUUGGUUCGCAUGUGGCGCAUUCACUGGCGAUACUGCCAGGUGCUCAAUGCCAUCUAUGUCAUUCAGUGCCACUGGCAAUGCCACAACUGCCAGACCUGUGCUUCUCUCCGGGGUCACUGUGUGAUCACCACCACUCACCUGCAGUUCCACAUUGAGAUCAUGAACAACUAG